GAGCUUUUUGAAAGUGUUGCGUUUUGCGAUAGUAUUCCUUUUUCCCUCUCUUUCAAGAGAAGACGGGGUUCAGCAUCUAAGUGGGUUGCAGAUAGUGACGUGAAAAGGUAAACCGGCCUAUCAAAAGUGAGAGGUGGCAGCCGGUCCGACGGGUCACGGCUCGAAAGAGAGAGAGAGUACUUCUUCACAGAUGCCCAAGAGGACAUUCGACUUCUCUUCACUGCAAUAGCUAAGUAGGAGUGGGGCUUCCGUAAAAGCGUGCCAGAGGUUUGUUUAGUGGACUGCAAAACUUAAGACGGAAAGAGAAACCGAAUAGGACGCGAACGACACCGACGAAUAAAAGAUGAAGGAUAGAGGUCCGUGGAGGAUUCCGGCAAUCUUCCUGCUAUUUGCCGCGGGAAAUCUCUGCAUUCCACUAGCAGUAUGCCAAUCAUACGGCGAAGGUGGAGCGAGGGGCGAUGAAGGGGGCAAUCCUGCUGGUCUCGACUUCAGCGGCGUCGUAACACGACACGACGGUUACGUUAAAGGCGAGACUCCCACAAUACCACAGACUAGUUUCAGCUGUUCCGCAACACCCUAUAAUCCUGGUCUAUAUGCUGACGUAGAGACAAACUGUCAGGUCUACCACGUAUGUUUUGAAGACAGACAAGAAAGUUUCUUAUGUGGACCAGGAACAACCUUCAAUCAAAGAAUUUUAGCUUGUGAUUUCUGGUAUAAUUUUGAUUGUAAAGAAAGUCCAUCUUUUUUCAAUGCUAAUCAAGACAUUGGGAAAGUACCAGAUACAAUAUUCAAACCAGAUCAAACUAGAACACAACAGCCAUCAUAUCCUAGUUAUCCUCGGCAACCCGAUCAGCCACCAUCAGUUGGUUCUUAUCCUCCUAGUAUAAGCAUACCUCCACCACCCUCCCGAAUCACACCCCAACCUCAACCACCACGAAUUCAGCCACCAAGUACUGUAACACAUGUUCAGCAACCAGAAAGGCCUACAUACCAACCUCAACCACCGAGUAUCCAACCUCAACCACCACGAAUUCAACCACCAAGUACUGUAAUACAUGUUCAGCAACCAGAAAGGCCAGCAUACCAACCCCAAACACCGAUCUCCCAGCCUCAGCCACCAAGAAUUCGUCCUCAACCUCCUGCAUUCAGACCACCAUACGAUUCAUCCCGUGAUUCCAUAAAACCUCAGUACCCAAGUCCGUCUGCCGGAGGUCGAACACCUUCCAUUCAACAGCAAGAAGAAAACGGAUAUCAAUUUGAUGGCUAUCAACCUUCAAAACCAGUGUCUUUGCCACCACCUCAGCCUGCAAGCCCCUUGACUCCUCGUCCAGUUUUUCCACCUGUCUCCUCCCCUCCAAGAAUUUCCCGUCCUCCACUAACACCAGCAAUUAUUCGCCAACCUGAAAGACCUCGAGUUCCUGUUAUAGUUAGCACCAGGCCAGAAUAUCACCCAGACUCGAAUAUAAAAGGCAACAUUGAUUACAGACCGCCACAGCAAGGUCGCGUACCUCAACCCAGUCGACCAGUAGUUUCAGAAUAUCCUAGUUAUCCAGUUCCCCAAAGACCUGUUUCUCAGGUGCCAGUUUCACAAAGACCUGUUUCUCAGGUGCCGGUUUCACAAAGGCCUGUUUCUCAGGUGCAUAUUUCACAAAAACCUGUUGGAAGACCUUCUAGCAGGCCACCUUAUCAGCCUCCUCAAACGGUACAACGGGAGCAUGUUGAUACGGAGUAUAUUCCACCGCCACCACCUCCAAAACAGCCUUCUAGACCAACCACGUUUGUUCCUCCACCGCCACCACCACCUCCUAAACAACCCUCUAGACCUACCAACUCCUACGUACCCCCACCUGCUGUUCAACAAGAAGUUAUUCUCACUAAACCUCCACAACCUCCAUCAAGGAUUCCUUCUCCACCGCCUGUUGCACAGAAACCAAUCGACAGAGAUUAUGGUAAACCUCAACCACCCGUAGCUCCAUCAAUAAUUAGUGAACGACAAAAGCCUGCCAUUCCACCUCCGUCCAGACCGCAAGUAUCAGUUGCCGCACAGCCUCCCUCAAGACCAAAGCCUGUUUUCCCCCCACCUUCUGAUCAUCCAAAUGCAAACAUCAAAGGUGGACCAGGUUACCAACAGCCUCCACCACAACCUCCUAGGUUUGAACCUACGCGCAUCAGCAGACCAUCUACUCCUCAAAGUGGAUAUCAGGUACCGCCACAAGUUUCUCGCUCACGACCUCCGCCAGCAGGGGGAUAUGAUACGACAACUGCAGUCAAACCAGUAGGCGAGAAAAGACCUGUUGGUACAGGAUCUGCUUCAUAUAAACCCCCACAGCAAGGCCGCGUUAAGAAACCAAGUGAACCAACUGGCAGCAUUUACCAGCCCCCAAGACAAGUAAUAAUUGAUCACCCUCAAGCUGAAAUUAAAGGUAAUGGAUAUGAAGCUCCAAACGUUGUGCAACAACCUCAAAGAAUCAAAUCUCCAUCAACUUCUGUUUCGGGAGUGAAGCGUCCUCAAACAAGCGGAGGCUAUCAGAAACCACAAGUACAAAGACCGAGAGCCCCGGUUGUUGUGUCAAGGCCACAACCACCAUCGUUGCCUACAACUUCUAUAAAGAAGACGACUCCAGCCGAUACUCAAGCCUAUGAUAAACCCCGUCCUCAGCCUCCAGCAAUAAGUCGUGUUAAGCAGCCCAGUCAAUCCCAAAUUCAGCAUAUUCAGACAUCCUCUGCACAAUCCCGAUUUCCAUCACAUCAGCCAAUUGACCAUCCUAAUGCCAAUAUAAAAGGUGGGCCUGGAUACAAUCAACCGAGACCCCAAACGCAUCCUGUCGGCAUUUCACAAAUAAGCCGACCUUCAGGCCCACCAUCUUCACCCUCGACUUCCUAUGAGCAAAAAACGUCUUCUUCAGGUCAUCGUCAGCCAAUUAGUAGCGGAUAUCCUUCUCCUCCUUCACGACCUUCCUAUGAUGGACCCUCUCAACAACAAAUCAAAACGCAGCAGGACUUUAAACCUCAACGCAGGCCUCCCGCUAAUACUAUAACAUCCUCUCAAAAAGUACCUCAGACGAGUUCAGGCGUAAAAACUGCCGGAUAUCAGCAACCAUCUUCUUCUCAUCAAGCUAUCCGACCGCAACAACUAAAACCAGAAUAUGAUGGAAGCUCUAGUUAUACCAGAGGGCCAGAGAUCUAUCCUAAACCAGAGUUUGGACAACCAAGUGCACCCUAUCAACCUAUAUCAACACCGUCUCGUAGCAGUCAAAUUUCAAAGCAAGGCACACCCUCUCAAAAUACCAUCACACAAACACAAAUUAAGCCUGCAUACCAAGGAUCUCCAGCUUCUUCAGGAUCAGGUGUUCAUGUACGACCCGAUUAUCCUAAUAGAGAUCUUCCGGGACACCAACCACCUCAUCAACGUCAAGUCUUCCCACACAGAGAAAAUCCAGACCAUCCAAAUGAAAGUAUAAAGGGUAGUGGAGCCUAUAGACCCCCUCCUCCUGCAGGCUUCCAAGCAGCAGCAUCUGAGACUCAAGAACAGAAAGUGCUUCCAGAACCAGAGCCAGCAUCUUCGCCACUCUUAGGUGAUGUUGGCGCAGAAUAAACGGGCCUUUCUUGAAAAAAAAAUUGUACUGCUUGGAGGGUUUUCAGUAGGGGUUAUUAGCCCGAUAUGGUAAAUCGUUUGAGAGAACAUUUGAUUUCAAAAUCAAUGGGAAAGAACCAAGCAAAUGGAAUGUGUAUCGGUUUCAAUGUUUUCCCCAAUCGCACAAAAGUUGUGUUGUACGUCUUGUAGCCCACUGUAUCUUCCGAUUUUAAUCAAAACACUGUGAAACGUAAAAGGGAACUUUAAGACUGCAUAAGUUUUGAUUUAUUUUUGUAACGGGAAAAUAUGUAGCUAUAACAAAAAUAAUUUGGUAGUAUACAGUUAAUAAUCUCACUUUGAUCUUCCGGUAGAUUGACAUAUAACCAAUGGUUUAUAUUUAUUUCAAACCGAAUGCAAAUACACUGCUGGUCAUACCUCUUUCCAAGGCAUGAAAAAAAAAUCAUUAUAUCAAAAAAUGUUUCAUUAA